GUUUUCCAGUCGGCUGCUUUUAAUUGGUGCUCACGGGGAGCUCACCGGAUGUUGAUGGAUUCACAUGUGUUAAAGUGAAGGCACAUUCUUAUCGAUGUAGCGUGUAGAUUAUUUAACAAAACAUCGAAAUAUAAACCAGGAUGUCGGCGUCGUUGAUCAGGAGAGGACUGGAGCUGCUGAGCGAUGAUAUUAAAAAUGUGAGUAAAGUGAAGAAGAAGAAGCAGCAGCAGACACCCAGCUCGGCCACCGUGAUGGAGCUUGUGAGCACGAAGCGUCAGGGAGUCACCAAGCAGGUCAAAAGGCUGCAGGGUCGUCUGGGUCCCGGCAAGAGCAAAGCUACUGUCAAAGACAAGAGGAUCAAGUCUGCCGUGGAGGAGUUCAGGAAGAAGCAGGGGAAGAGCCAGAUGAGUACUAACCUGAAGUACUUCAUGGAAACCAGCUGCAAAGCAACAGAUUCUGACAGCAUGAAGAUCCAGAACCACAAUACAGGGAGACAGUCCAGGAACCGCCCCGACAGACCCGCCAAGAAGACCAAGGAGCCGCAGUCCCUGUUCACGGAGGAAGAGUUCCAGCAGUUCCAGAAGGAAUACUUUGGCAGGACUGUAGAGGAGAAGAAAUAAAGGUCACCCCGAAUAAAAAGACACUGCAGUCUCAGAAGGAAACACCGGGGCUGCUCUUUGUUGAUCUGAAGAGUGAAAGUGGAUUUCUGGACCAGACUGUGUUCAUUUGGCUCAACAGUGGAAGAUGAAACUUUGAGGAGAAAUGACAAGCUGAAUCUGUACCAGUGUUAUGACUGCAUACACAUAUCGUCACAUUCAAGGAACCAGAGUUUUUGUUUUGUGCCUGACUCAUAACAGGAUCACAUGCAGAUGUUGGAUUUUUAACAUCAUUCCAAAACGUGUACGACAGACUGACUCAUAACAGUUGUCAGUUAAAUGCAACCAGUAGUCAUUUUAUGAGUUAUGCAAAUGUAAGUUACGGACCCUCAUAUUGUAAUGAAACCUUUCAUAUGCGUCAUAUAUGUCGCCUCUUUUCAGUCACUUUGUUUUCACAAGUUGCAGAUUGAAAAUUUGUCAAGACAAGUUGUGAUUGAAUAUGUUGAACCUCUCCCGUCACAAUUCCAAACAGUCCACUCACUAGUAGAACGUUAUUGAAUUAAACUUUAUGUUUGAGCGGAAAUUAAAACAUAUUUUUGUUUUCAA